AUGUUAUCCCUCAAAGAACUGAUUCCAGCCCUUACUAAAGAUUUCACCUAAGGAAUCACCCGAGUAGAUUAGCACAUCUAUAUACAUCCUAAGAAAGAACAUAAAUACACUUUCAUUUGGAUGCAUGGAUUAGAAGAUGUCCCUGAAAGUUUUCUGGCAGGUUUCAACAAUCCAGAAUUGAACCCUUUUGAUAAUUAAACAACCAAGGUCAUUUUACUAUGUGCUCCUGUCAGACCAUUAACCAAAAAUUAAGGGGAAAUGAUGACAUCAUGGUAUGAUAUAAUGAUCCCAAGUUGGAAAUAGUAUUGGGGGAUCAAAUCUGACAAGGAAUUGUGGGGUGUAGAUUAGGCUAUAGAGUCAAGAAAUUUCAUUUGGAGUCUGAUUGAUUAGGAACCAGUCCCAAAGAGGAAUAUCUUCAUUGGAGGAUUUUCUUAAGGAUGUUGUAUGUCAUUAUUGGCAGGAUUAGGAUACAAAGAAUCCUUAGGUGGCAUACUUGGGAACUCGGGCUUUUUGUUCCCAUUCACAGAAAUCAAUAACAAGACUCCUAUAUAAAUAUUGCAUGGUGAGGAGGAUGAGGUUAUUCCAUAUUAAUUUGCUGAGAAGUCCUUAGAACCUUUAGUAAAAAUAGAAAAUGAAUUCCAUUUAAUCAAACUUAAGGGGAUCGAACAUGCUAUGAUGAUGGAGAAUUUUAAAUUAAUGAAAGAGUUUGUGAUCAAACAUUUAUAAUGA